CAGAGCAUCGCAGGCGGCUGCCGUCUUUCCUCCUCCUCCUCCUCCUCCCUGCGCGCCGCCGAGAUGGACGCCUCAACUGCGGGCAACAAGGAGCGGGAGGCCGUGCAGCUCCUGGCCGAGGCCGAGAAGCGGGUCAAAUCCUCCCAGUCUUUCCUGCGGGGGUUCUUCGGGGGAAAUACAAAGCUUGAAGAAGCAUGUGAAAUGUAUACAAGAGCUGCAAAUAUGUUCAAGAUAGCCAAAAACUGGAAUGCUGCAGGUAAUGCCUUUUGUCAGGCAGCAAAACUCCACAUGCAGUUGCAGAGUAAACACGAUUCAGCCACCUGUUUCGUUGACGCAGGGAACGCUUACAAAAAGGCAGAUCCUCAAGAGGCUAUCAACUGCUUAAAUGCUGCCAUCGAUAUUUACACAGACAUGGGCCGAUUUACUAUUGCUGCCAAGCAUCACAUUACUAUUGCAGAGAUUUAUGAAUCUGAGCUGGUAGACAUUGAAAAGGCCAUCGCCCACUAUGAACAAUCUGCAGACUAUUACAAAGGGGAAGAAUCUAACAGCUCUGCCAACAAGUGUCUGCUGAAGGUAGCUGGAUAUGCUGCCCAGUUGGAGCAAUAUCAGAAAGCAACUGAAAUUUUUGAACAGAUUGGUACAAGUACAAUGGAUAAUCCAUUGCUCAAGCACAGUGCAAAGGACUACUUCUUUAAAGCAGCUUUAUGUCACUUUAUUGUCGAUGAGUUGAAUGCGAAGCUGGCUCUUGAGAAAUAUGAAGAAAUGUUCCCAGCAUUCACAGAUUCAAGAGAGUGUAAAUUAUUGAAAAAAUUACUGGAAGCUCACGAAGAACAAAAUUGCGAAGCAUACACUGAAGCAGUUAAAGAAUUUGAUUCAAUAUCCCGCUUGGAUCAAUGGCUCACAACCAUGUUACUCCGCAUUAAAAAGUCAAUUCAAGGAGAAACCGACGGGGACCUAAAGUGAACAUUCUGUGCAGCGUGUGGCAUUGUGACUUGUCUGUUGAAAUACCCUGUGUCAUGGCCAAGGAUCAUUAUGGAAUAUAUGAUCAAUGCUUUCUGCUUAAUUGGCUGGUGUCUUGUUUAAUAUCCUGUUGUGGCUCAUUCAUUGUAACUGUGAACAUGAAUUUAUAUUGUUUUUCAUUUCUGGAGGGAGAGCUUAUGGAUUGAUCCUAUGCAUGUUUACUCAGAAAGGCAAGUCCCACUAAAUUCAUGGAUCUUCCUCAUAAAUGAGCAUAGGAUUGUGUAAGUUAACUCUGAAGUAAGUUCUCAUGAAGCCAUAUUCAAACCAGUCAGUCUGCUGAUACUAAAUUAUAUUCCCAUGAUACUGGACUCCAUACCUCUUGUCCUAGAAAUAGUGUUAUUUCAAUAUUAUUUAUUACAGAAUCACCACAAAAAGAACACCACUUAUUGUAUAGUUUAAAAUAUUAACCAAUAUUACGUUGUUCACAUGUGAUUUGCACUACCACAGGUAUAACACAGUGGAGUCACAACACUGAAUAGCACUGAGAUGGUAACCAAAAUACAAGUUAUCCUUGCAGUGCAAUCCCAAGCAUGAUUCAGUGGAACAAGAUUGUGUGAAGCUUCAAUGAUGUUUCAUAAUUAAGAAUAAGACCCAAAAGGUAGCUUCAAGGGAUCCAUUUCUAGCCCCUUUCUCCCACUUCUGCAGAUGCUUUCACUGGUGGUCACCUAACUCCUGUCCCCCUGGACAUUUCCUGGCCAUCAGAAUCAUGCGUCAGAAUGUGUCAUUGAGGGAAUCCUCAAAAUGACAUAUUAUAGGGCUGUCUCAUCUGCCCACAGCAGCAUUGAUUGUAGCCCACUCAGUGCCCUGAUCUGGAGGAUCUUUCAGAGGCAAUCUUUGGACAGUAAUCAGCUGGAGAAGAAGAGCUAUGUUUUAAGUAUGGUGAGGUGACUGCACCAACAAGGAGUCACAAAGUGACUGGGCUCCAACUUGCUGUCCAAUUCGUUCCACUGUCCGAAGUAGACUUUCACAAUGAGACUGGAGUUACCUCUGUAAGUCCCAAAGAUGCUUUGGGUUGCACUAUAAAGACAACUUGAUUUCUAGAGAGUAUCCUCAACAAUGUUCAAAUUAUAACCUUGUGUUUAUUUUGAUGACAAGAAUGUAUCAGAAAAAAUUAUUGCAUGUUAUAAUUACCAUUACUUGAGAUGAGUGAGGAUGGCAGAGUUCUUGAAACCAGAUCAGAAGAUCUGGGACAAUAUGAUCCACCAUCUGUAAUAAACAAGAGAGUAGAUUGGAGUUUAUGUGAAUUAAUCAGUUGUAGAAUUAAUCAGUUGUAGCCCAUUCUGUUUUGGAGCUGCAAAAAUUUUGAUCAGGGUGCAUAUGAUCUGGAAACUGAACUGCAUAUGAUCUGGAAACUGAACUUCAACUGAACUUUUCAGUUGAACUGAAAAGAAAAAUGAAAAGAUUUCCGCCCCCCGCCCCAAACGCUCAUUCCUCUCCCCUCUCUAAGCUGGGAUAAACCUUUAAUCUAUGAGAGUGUAUUUUUUAUUUGUGAUAAAUGACACAGGGAAUUGUUGGAUCAGAUAGUACUUAUACAGUUCACUUUUUGUCUGUAUGAAGCUAUAUGUGAUUGUUUCAAUAGCUGCUGGUAAAAAACCCGCCAUUUUUAUCUACACAGUGUGCAUGGGUAGAUACGUAUUCAGUUGGUAUGUGAAACUACAGAACAAUCGGGGUUUGAAAUAAGUAACAGUGAGGAAGUAUAGGAAACAAAUUGUUUGUCCAAAUUGUUUUUCUCAUGUCUGGCCCACACAGAAUGAAGUGAUGGAUGCUUGGUAUGAUAACGCUGACAACUACAGCAGAUGAGAAGGCCAUACAUGUUGACACUCCUUUACAUACAGAUUCCCUCAAAGCACAACUGUCUAGAGAUAAUUUUUCUCUCCACUGGUCUUGAUUUUGCUUUUUGCUUCUACAAUGGCAUCUCACUCUAAAAGUAUAAAGACAUAGAGGUCAUUCUGUCUGCCUACCUUCUGCUUUAUCAGACCUUUGACCUAGCUUGUCAGGUAUUUUAGAAAGACUGUGUGUGUGUGUGUGAGAGAGAGAGAGAGAGAGAGAGAGAGAAAGGAAAGGAAAGGAAAGGAAGGGAAAGAAAGAGAGAGAAAGGAAAUAGAGAGAGAGAGAGUGUGUGUCAUUCUCAGCUCUGCAGGUGACAGUCUUCCAAAGAAGUCUACACUGUGGUCCUAUCUCCUCAACAUCGUUAAAAAACAGUAACAAGCUGCUCUACCCUCAGUUUUAACAAUAUUUAUAGCCUUAAAUUCCAUUCACCUUAUACUUUUGGCUAGGAGAGUAUUUCACUAGUAUUUCUCGGAUGGCACUGGCAGUGAAGUGUAGAUGAUAAAAGGAACAGAGGCAGCCAGUGGGUAAUAGAUGUGGAAGAUAAGACAUAUGUUUAUGAUAUGAGUGCCAUACAGGUUUAUCUUACGCCUUAGCCUGCUGAAACCCACUCAAAUAAAGUGAGUCUGGAUCUAAAGAGGGUUCCAAUGGAAGAUCAUUAGACAAAAUGUGCUCCCUAGCAUUGUAGUAGGAGAAGGAAGAUUGACCUAGAGCUAUUUUUUUUAGUUUUAUACUUGAUAUACAAACAUGUAUUAUUUAAUGAAGCUAUAACAGAAUAACAGAGUUGGAAGGGACAUUGGAGAUCUUCUAGUUCAACCCCUUACUCAAGCAGGAAACCCUAUAGUACCAUUUCAGACAAAUGGCUCUCUAAUCUCUCCUUAGAAACCUCCAAUGUUGGAGCAUCCAUAACCUCUGGAGGCAAAUCAUUCCACUGAUUAAUUGUUCUGUCAGGAAAUUUCUCCUUAGUUCUAGGUUUAUUUUCUCCUUGAUUAGUUUCCAUCCGUUGCUUCUUGUCCUGCCCUCAGGUGCUUUGGCGAAUAGGUUGACCCCCUCUUCUUUGUGGCAUCACCUUAUACAUUAGAACACUAUCAUUUUCAUAAAACUAGACAUACCCAAUUCCUGCAGCCGUUGUUCAUGUUUCAUCCUCCAGUGCCCUAAUCAUCUUUGUAGCUCUUUAGUCUUUCUAGAUCUCAACAAAUUUUUUAUAGUGUGGCCAAAACUGGAUGCAAUAUUCCAAAUGUGAUCUUGUCAAGGCAUUAUAAAGUGGUAUUAACACUUCACAUAAUCUUUGAUUCUAUAACUCUGUUAAUGCGAACUAUGUUGGAAUUUUUAGUUUAUCUGUAAGUUGAAGGUGGCUAUGCCCAGCCAACUUUGCCCGAUAUGAAAGAUCUAAGCAAUGUCAGAGCUGCUUAGUGCUUAGAAAAGAGAUUAUAGUUAUAAACUAGCUUGGGAAGAAACCCAGGAAAAAGGACUAGGAAAUUAUUUUCUAUUUCUUUCCAAAUGAAUCAUGGUGGUGAUUGAAGAAUUAAUCUCAACUUUAUUGGUAUCCCUGAAAAUUAUUUGUAACACUUUUUGUUACUACCACUUUUCUGCACCAUGUGUUCACUAUGUUCAAAUUCAUUCACGCGCUUUUGUUAAAAUAGUUCAUUAGGCAGUCUUCUCAGGCAUAAAGGAUCCCAGAGCUUUAGAUGGGGCUGAGGUUUGUUUCCCAAGGUCAGAAGAACAAUGCGGGCCUUGGAAAGCAAAUGCAGUAUCUUCCUUCUCUCCUUAUCACUAUCUGUGGUUCGUGGUUUCCAAUGUUGGAAAUCCCUUAUGUUGGAAAGGUCUAAAACGGGUAUCAAACUCAAGGCCUGGGGGCCAGAUUUGGCCCGUGGGGUACUUAGAUCUGGCCCGCCUCUUUGAGUUCUGCAGGGCUUUUUUUUUUUUUUUGAAUAAAUGGAUCCGGUUUCCUAAGCUCAAUAUGGGCACAAAAUCAAAUUUGGAUUACUCUCCAGUGCACUGAACAGAAUUUCCUCACACUGUGCAGUGUGAACUUUUUUUUUCUUUCACCGAAUGCUAAUGCCAGCGCAACUCACUUUGUGGUGCCACUCACUUGUUCUGAGUGUUUGUGUAUACAAGGUUGAGUUGCUUGGACUCACUCCUCCCAAACAACAAAUGCCAUUUCUUUAAGCUAAAGACAGUUGUUUGAUGCAUGUGUAUGUUUGGUGUGCCAGGAUUAAGACACAAGCCAAUGUUAGCAGUAUUUAGAACCAUUGCUUUAGGUUUCAACAAAAAGCAUCACCUGGUAAGCUUUGGAAAUAUUUCAAAUAAAAAUCCACCAUGUUGUGAAAUACUCAAGUGUUGAAGAGAUACUAUAGCCAUGCUUAUAUUCAGUCACUGACAGACUACAGUCACAACUCACGUAGUAAUGCAUUGGUAAUAUAGUUUAGAAAUCUGUGAAAUCUUCCUGGAUGCACACACAGCAAAUUCAUUGUUGGUCGUUUGUAACAUGAGGCAUAGAAGUGGCAUCACUUGGUGAAUUCUCUUGGAUUUUUCUCUUAAAAGCUGGAAAAUACUACACUCUCUGAAGCAGCUGUAAGGUUGCAACCACCCGAGUUCUUGAGAUCAUGUUUAAUUGAAGGAACUGUAAUUCAAUAUACCGAAGAUUUCAUCUGUUUGCAUUGCUUAUUGUUGGCAGUGUCAUUAAACUUGUUUA